AUGCCAGGGCGCUUUAUGAUAUCAUGGUCGGUGGGCAGUGUUGGAAGUGCCUCUGCAAUUCGGUAUGUCCACAGCUUGACAGAAAUGCCAUUUCAAGAAGAAUGGUAUGAGAUCGCACUAAGUGCCGACUCAAUCGGCGAAACCUUACAAGUACGACGAGCCCAAUGGGCACAAAGAAACUGCCCCAAUCACUCACCAAAAAUACGCAAGGUUCAGUUCAUUGUCUAUCAAGUGCACUGCCUGGAAGUGACACAGCAAACUGCAAUGCCAAACAGCAACUUCAACUGCACUCCUACAAGAAAUCUUAUGCCGUUCUCCGUCCUCGCCUGCGUCCCCGAUCCAAAGCACCGAUGGGUUAGUCGCCGGGACCGGUUAUAUCUCGCCGCACUGCUAGCGGCCAUUUCUCCAGCUACACGUGAGCUGGCUCAAGGAACAAUGUGUAACACUGCCACUCGGGUGCUAAAGAAAGCCUACGAGAGCGAGACGGACUAUGGGGACGCUGUGAAAGAGUGUUUAAAUUGGACCCGAAAUAAAGGUGAGGCUUUCCAAGAUCCCCAGUUUGAGGAGUCAGUUUUCGAUGUUAUUCCGUCUCGUUUAUAA